AUGCCCGAGCACACUCCGCUGUCGUGGGCUACCAGGAUCACAGCAACCGUGACGAGUCGUCAUCUCGAGAACGCUCUUGCCAUGCUCGACAGCCUGCCCGACCACCACCAUCUCGAAUCGUGGACGAAGCUUGUGAAGUGCUUUGGCGAGCAGGGAUUCUUGGAGACCGCCAAGACAAUCUUCGAGACGCGAAUGCCCGUGCACGACCGAGUCUCGUCCACGGUGAUGCUGAUGGCGUAUGCCCGGCACGGGCAUUUUGUCCAAGCAAAGGAGAUGUUGCAAAGCUUGCCGGACAGAGACAUGGAGUCGUGGAACUCCCUGCUCCACGUCAAUGUGGCGGACGAAGCCUUGAAAGUUUUCCAGAGAAUGCCUGCUCGAGACGUGGUUUCGUGGACGAGCAUGCUCACGUCCUACGUCCAAGCAGGUCGAGCGGAAGAAGCUCUCCAUCUCUAUCGUUGCAUGAACCUCGAAGGCGAACGGAUCAACAGAGUCACCCUGGUGGCGGCCAUCGAUGCCUGCGCCGAUGCUGCCGCCAUAGCCGACGGACAAGCCAUUCACUUCGGUUACGCUGCACACGACCACUACUGCUGGCCCGACACCAAACUUGACGCUCGAGUAGAGAAUUCGCUGCUGAGUAUGUAUGGACGAUGCGGGAGCUUGGCACAGGCCACGGCUCUGUUCGUCGAGAUGCGCGAGAGAAGAGACUUGGUGUCGUGGAACACCAUGAUCACAGCAUACGCGCAGCGGCAGAGCCGAUCAAACACCUCUGCUGCGCUUGAGGUGUUCCAGCGGAUGAGCCAACAAGGUGUCCGUCCCAACGACAUCACUUUCACUGCGCUGCUGUGUGCUUGCAGCCGCUCCGGAUGGCUUGACGCUGCCUGGAGCUUGUUUCGCACUAUGAUCGCCGACUUCGGCCUCGAAGCUUCCACGCGCCACAUCGUUUGCAUGGUCGAUCUGCUCGGACGAGCGGGAAGGCUAGACGAUGCCGAGAGAGCGAUCCGCGGAGCGUCACUGGCCGAGCUCGGUGUUGCCUGGAGAACGCUUCUCGCUGCCUCGGAGGUGCACGGUAACGCAAACACUGGAGCACGGGCUGCAAAGCUCGCAGCCUCGUCGGCUUGUUCUUCCCGUUCUCCGGCCUACGUACUGCUAUCCAACUUACUGACCACGUCUUAA